AUGGCCUCAACAGAUGUGAAAUUUGCUCUAAUCUUCUUAUUCCAGAUAGUUGUUGGAAUCCUGGGAAACUUCUGGCUCUUCUACCAUUUUAUGUCCCAUUACCUCAGGGGAUAUGGGGCAAAGUCCACAGGCUUGAUUCUCAGGCACUUGACUUUAAUCAACUCCUUGGUCAUUCUCUCUCGAGGAAUCCCAGAGACCAUGACAGCUUUUGAGCUGAAAUCUUUUCUCAGUGACUUUGGAUGCAAAGUUGUUUUCUUUGUUCACAGAGUGGCCCGGGGUAUGUCCAUGGACACCACCUGCCUCUUGAGUGUCUUCCAAGCCAUCACCAUCAGUCCCUGGAGCUCCAGGUGGGCAAUGCUUAAAGGGAAAGCUUCCCAAUACAUUGGCCCCUCAAAUAUACUCUGUUGGACUCUGAACAUAAUACUCCAUAUUAUGGUUCCUGUGUAUGUGACUGACAAAUGGAACAGCAGAAACACUUCAAGAACUAUGGACUUGGGAUACUGUACUUCUAAACUGCAUGACAAACACACAGACUUACUGUAUAUGUUAUUGAUAUCUGUCCAUGAUGUUUUGUGCUUGGGGCUCAUAACUUGGACCAGUGUGUUCAUGGUUUCCAUCCUGCACAGGCACAGGCAUCAGGUCCAACACAUUCAUAGAACCAAAGUGCCCCCUACUUGCUCCCCUGAGAUCAGAGCCACUCAAAGCAUCCUUGUCCUGGUGAGCACCUUUGUAUCUUUUUACACCUUCUCCUCCAUUAUUUACAUUUAUUUUUCUGUUUUUUAUAAGACCUGCUGGUGGCUGAUGACCACCUCUGCCCUAAUCAAUUCAGGUUUCCCAACUGCCUGCCCCUUUAUUCUCCUGAGUCACAACCACUGUGUAUCCAGAUUCUUCUCUGUGUGUAUGGGAAGAAAUACACACUUCCCUCAUCUCAUCAGAGAAAUAUAA